UUGUACAUGCGUUUGUGUGCAACUGAAGCUUCGGCCAUGGAGAAACAUGAGGAAUGCUGCCACGUGGAGAAAUCAUGGAAGUGUGGUGACUGCGGGAAAGGCUUCUGUGUCCCAUCUGCCCUGGAGACUCAUCGGCGCAGUCACACCAGAGAGAGGCCUUUCAGCUGCCCUGAGCGCAGGAAGGGCUUUACCCAGGCUUCUGCCCUGUGGACUCACCAGCGGGUCCGCACAGGAGAGAGGCCAUUCCCGUGUCCCGAGUGCAGGAAGGCCUUCAGCAAUUCCUCCCACCUGCUGACUCACCGGCGGGUCCACACUGGGGAGAGGCCCUUCACUUGCCCCAAGUGCGGGAAGGGAUUUAGUCAGGUUACAAGAAGAGAAGGAUCUACAGAGAGAAGUCUGAAAGCAAAAGUCAUUUCAGGUCUGAAACAGCCACUCAACUCGCCAUGAGCUGAAGAUCACACGUCUCUGGACCUCAAAUGUGAAAGGUUUAUCUGUUCUGUUGGCUUCAAAGGUUUUUAAACAUCAGUGCGAUUGGAAAUUCUUGGAGUGAGAGAACACGCACACAUGAAUGUGAAAGUGUUCAAUUUACCAUCAGAGGAAGUAUCCCUAGGAACACUGCCUGAGUGAGAGUCUUCCUAUGUACUUGGCUGUGGAAGGAGCUUGAACCAGUUAGACAGAUCAAACCCUCACUGCACAAUUGUUACGGACCAGACUGGAUACCCAGACAAAAAGUUGAAGAAGGUAGCCGUGACCCUCACUUUUUCGCAUUUUAAAGCUACGUGUGAAAUGUAACUGCUGGCCGUUAAGCAAAGUACGGUUUGUUUAAAUGCUGUUAUUAAAAUACAGCCAAAGAGAGGAAUUUAGGAUAAUUCCGCAGACUGGAAACUUAAUAGACACACAGUAACUGUUACUAAGUAACUAUUCCAGUAAAGUAAUGUCCCAUUAAACACACCCCUUUUGGCAAAAAGGCAAAUUCCAAAACAGAUUUUCCCAUCGAGUUCUCCAGGAGGAACAAACCAACAAGAGCAAAUUCAGAGAGAGUAGCAGCCAAGAGACAAUCACUGAAGCUUCCAACUCCUCCUACUUAAGGCUAAAAUCUAAAAAAAAGUAGAAAAUGUGGUCUAAGAGCACUGGCCAUGCUCAAGUUGCUCCCAUUGGUCUGUUCCGAAUGUUGUGUUUGUGCUCGCCUCCGCCACCUCCUCUAGUGGCACGUUCUGUGUGCGCACCACCCUCUGGGUGGGGGAUAAAGGUUGCCCAUUGGGUCCCUUUUGUCUUUCCUCUCCUGCCUUGGACCCACAC